UUCCGAUGACAGUUUGUGUGUUGCGCUGAGUUGAGUUGGGCUACGUAAGGUUUCGAGUGCAAGAAUCGGUAUUUUUUAGUUUCAAGGGGUGUUUUUUCAGUGUUUUUACUUGUGGAAGUACCGUGCAAACAUGGCCAGCCGAUUAGCAGGACAGACUAUAAACGAUCGACUGUUAGCAGCCAAACAUAGCUUGGCUGGUCAAGGACUGGCCAAGUCUGUUUGUAAAGCCACUACGGAAGAAAUGAUUGGACCCAAGAAGAAACACUUGGAUUAUUUAGUACACUGUACGAACGAGCCCAACGUCUCGAUACCACAGCUCGCCAAUUUGCUGAUAGAACGAUCGCAGAACACCAACUGGGUUGUUGUAUAUAAGGCCUUAGUUACAUGUCAUCACGUGAUGUGUUACGGAAAUGAGAGAUUUACCCAGUUUUUGGCCUCCAGCAACAGCACAUUUCAAUUAAGUAAUUUUUUAGACAAAGGUGGUUUACAAGGGAUUCUAAAUUCAAAAACCGGUUAUGAAAUGUCCCCUUUUAUAAGGCGCUACGCCAAAUAUUUAAAUGAGAAAGCUUUAUCGUACCGAUCGGUAGCCUUCGAUUUUUGUAAAGUUAAAAGAGGGAAAGACGAUGGCAUGCUCCGCACCAUGAACGCUGACAAGCUAUUAAAAACGAUCCCCGUCCUGCAGAACCAGCUGGACGCGCUUUUGGAAUUCGAUUGCAACGCCAACGAUUUGACUAACGGCAUCAUAAACAUGUGCUUUAUGCUUUUGUUCAGGGAUUUAAUACGAUUGUUCGCGUGCUACAACGAUGGCAUCAUUAAUUUGUUAGAAAAAUAUUUUGAUAUGAACAAGAAACAAUGCAAAGAGGCUUUAGACAUAUAUAAGAAGUUCCUUGUUAGAAUGGAUAGUGUAGCAGAAUUUUUAAAAGUAGCAGAAAACGUUGGUAUAGACAAAGGCGAUAUUCCAGACCUCACCAAAGCUCCUAGCAGCCUUUUAGACGCUCUAGAACAACACUAUAGUCAUAUGGAAGGCAAAAAGUCAUCUUCUAGUUCAAAUUCUUCCAACACAAGUAACCAAAAGAACGUCAAAUCCGGCGUGUCAGCGUUAAAUUCCACGAGCAACGCAUUUGGCAACGUUGCAUCUAAUUCAAAAUUCGAUUCUUUGAACGGCAUAGACGAGAAUUUGAAACUAAAAGCGUUAGCGGAGGAAGAGGCUGCAAUGAAUCAAUUUAAAUCGAAAGUGUCCUCUCCAGUCAGCAACCCAUUCCUAUCUAGUUCGUCGUCGUCGGCGACGUUAUCUAGCCAAUCGGCGCAGCCUGUCGACUUAUUCGCUCCAGAUUUGACAACACCGACGUCUAAGGCGUCGGACGAUCUGUUGCAACUGUCAAAUCCGUUCGCGGACGCCUUCGCACAGCCUCCAGCGCUAGCUGUGGCUCCAUCUUACACCGUACCUCAACAGACUAGCGCAUGGAUUGUAAACGGGAAUGGUUAUGGUGUUCAGCAAACCAACAGUGUGGUUCCAAAUGGAGCAUUUGUUCCAGAAAAUGCUUUUGCCUCGGUAUUUGGAAAUACGGAAGCUCCAGCUUCCGGCAAUUUCGAUGCAUUGGGUGGUGUCUUACAACCAAUGAACAGCAAUGGACAGGCAACAAACAAUAACAUCGGCGUCCAGUCUAGUACCAACAGCGUCCACAACAACAAUCAUCAAGCAUCCAGCACCAACGGUGGUCUACUUACGGGCGAUUUAGAAUCUAGUUUGGCAUCAUUGGCCGAAAAUCUGACCAUUAAUGAUAGGAAACAGACAAUAAAAGGUGUCCAAUGGAAUUCUCCUAAAGGUAGUUCAAAACCCAACUGGACACCGCAACCUAUGUCCGCCACCACUGGUGCUGGCUAUAAACCCAUGAAUCAGCAGUCAAAUAAUAGUCCUUUCAGUACGCCACUGUUGGCUCCGCAGGGAUCGCAAUACGUCAAUGUCUACCCACAAGUAUCGCCUAUGGGUUUAAAACCAAUGCCACCCAUGAUGAGCCCUCUAAAUCCGAUGGGUUCCAUACAGCCACAGCCCAACUCCCUCGGCGCCCAACAACAGCAACUUCUGUUCCACUGAGAUUUAACAAUGAUAAUUUUAUUUGGUGUAAAUAAUCUGUUAAUAUAUAAUUAUUUAAUUGAUGAAUCGAUAAGAUGGAGAUUACUAAGGCGAAGACGCAAAAUUUUUCGUAACCUUGUUUUAUGAUAUAUACAGUGUGUUGCGAAAAUUGCCAUUGCGAAGAAAUUUUCUGUAAAAAUACCGAAUUGAAAAAAAAAAUCAUACUAAAAUUUGUCGAUUUUGUGACAUACUGUAUGUAAGAAACUAUUUCCAGAGGUUUUUUUAGGGCGGCCAUAUAUGUGAGUUUUUUUGUAUAUAUUAUAGUAAUCAAAAUAGGAGAUAUAUAUUUUUAUAUAUUUACCUAUACCAGCAAUAUUUCCUGUUUUAGUAAGGUCAUUUAAUGAUCAUUUUCGUUCUUUUAUACAUAUCAUACAUCUCACUUUUUUUGAAAAAGAAAUAUUGUCUUCUGUAUCAUUUAAUAAUAAUCAGAGGAAUAUGUUCAGGGUACUCUGUAUAUAAGGAAUAUCACUAAAAUGUAAAAUAAAUAUUUUCAUGAUGGAGACCUGGAAAACAAUUUUUAAAGAAACUGGAAGACAAUAAAUUAAAAUACGGUCCAUUUUUUAUCCUAUAGUACAGUGUGUCCUAUUUUUGUUGUCCUUGUCAAAAUGGUUCCAAAAAUGCAACAUUUUCAAUUUUGCUAUGUAUAUCAUAAACAAAGUAUGGUAAUAGGACAGCGAAAAUGAGAAACACUGUAUACUGUGCGCGGUAACAAUAAAAAAUUCCCAUAGAAGUUUGCCAUAUUAUAUUAAAGUAACGAGUGUUGAAACAUUUUGAUACAUUUUAGCACGUUAAACCAAUAUUUUUUGCAAAAACAUUUUUCAUAUUACAGUUAUUUUUAGAACUUAUUAUAUAUUUGUUUAAUGAUAUUUAUAUUUAUAGCACAUCGUAAAUUGUAUUGCUGUAUUUUUUGUAUAGAGCAAUUUAGGUGUAUCACAAAAGAAAA